AUGAAUAAAUUCAUAAGUUUAUCCCGAAAAGAUCGAGAAGAUGAUGAAAUAGAUAUUUAUAUAAAUAAAAUGGAUUCGUUAAAAGAGGAUUUAGAAGAUCCGUAUAUAGAUGAGAUAACUCCUGAGACUCGAUUUGAUUUCACAAUCGGAGAUGUAACUGUACCUUCAUUUGGAAAGGCCCAAUUGCAAAAAAUGUCCAUCUAUGAGUUUGAUUCUGAAGAAGAAUAUGCGACAUUUGUCAAUUGGAUUGAAGCGAAGAAACCUUCAAUAACAGAUUGUUCAAUUGAAACAUUCAACGACGAUUUAGAGGAUUUUGAUAGAUUAGAUGAAGAUGGAUUAUACAUUGAAUAUACAAGAGUUCUGUUGGAUAACCUAAAUGUCACUAAAUCCAUGGAUUUAAUGAUUCCUACUCAUUCGAGUUUCGAGUUCUCGCAAGAUUUUCAUCUCGACGCUGUGAGGCUCCGUUCUUGUUUUGGACGAAAUAACCUAUUCAACUUUCAUUGUAAAGAAAUUGAAGUUAGCGAUUCGGAAAUUUCAUCGGAAAAUGUAAAUCAAUAUCUACGUGCAUGGGCUGCUGGCUGCUAUAAUGAACUUGAAAAACUGGAAGUUCUUUUCUAUGGAAAUGAGAAUAAAUUUGAUUGGAAACCAUUGCUGCAAGGUUUAAACCGAAAACGUACUAUUUAUGAACACAAUAUAAUUGACCCAGAAGUGACCGAUGAAACCACGGAAGUGAAAAUUGAAACUGAACAUCCUGGAGAGUUUGAUUACUACUAUUACAAAUGGGCCAAAAUUCACAGAAAAGUUGAUUCCGAAGGAAACUUUUACAUGGGAAUGAUUGUGAAUUAG